UAUUGGGGGGCAGUGACAAACGUGUAUAUUCUGCGCUGAUGGAGCCCCCCGACUUAUUUGCAGGUACAGAGCCAUUAGCCGCACGGAGCGAUGAGGCCAAGCUCAUUGAGGAAAUGACCCCCCCGGCUCUGAGCCUCGAGUCCAAAAAUAGCCGCCCAGGAACCACUUCCUCUGAGCAGCACCAGAACCUCUGCCUGUCAGACCCGACACCCUCGCUGGGAAACAUGUCUGAGCCCUGUGACUUGGAGAUGGGGGUCCGGCCUCUCCCCCCCUCAGGUACAGAGCCAUUAGCCGCACGGAGCGAUGAGGCCAAGCUCAUUGAGGAAAUGACCCCCCCGGCUCUGAGCCUCGAGUCCAGAAAUAGCCGCCCAGGAACCACUUCCUCUGAGCAGCACCAGAACCUCUGCCUGUCAGACCCGACACCCUCGCUGGGAAACAUGUCUGAGCCCUGUGACUUGGAGAUGGGGGUCCGGCCUCUCCCCCCCUCAGAGAGAAAACAGGAAAGGGUGGAGCCUGUGACCGCCAUGUUGUUGUUCCUUCUGCUUUUCAUCUGCUUCCUCGUGCAGCUUAUGAAUAUUUCCCUCCGACUCAGAAUGACCAACACAAAGUCACCGGAGGAGCCGUUCUGGGCAGACGUUCAAAGUGAAUCGAGAGAAAAAGUAAAUGAUAAACCGGGUUCAACUAUCCAUCAGACAGGUCUGCCCGCCCUGUGCCCCCAAACAUGGGUUUUCCUUGGGGCAAAAUGUUAUUUUAUUUCUGAAGAGAGAAUGAAACAAGAGGAAAGUGAGAGUUUCUGUAGGGAAAGGGGCUCCAUCCUGCUGUCUGUCCGAGAGCCCAACAUACAGAGGAUAAUAGACCUCACAGGGCAGGAAUACUGGGUCGGACUGAAGAAACUUGUUCACUAUAAGGGAGUAAACUGGACCGGACAAUGGGGCGACGGUUCCACUGAGACCAUCAUUCAGAACACAGACACCUCUGGGACCUGCGCCAAACUGGGCCGGAACGUUGGGCUGGAGAAUUGUUACCGACUGCUGCGCUGGAUCUGUGAGCGCCAAGUAAAGGCCUAAGGGGGAGCCAUUUAUCUGCGCAACUCCCCUACUCUGGGGGGGCACCGGCUCUUCCUUCCCCUGAGCCCUCGCACCCCAGGAAGGGCAAUACCCCCGGGUAAUACCCAUCUGUAUAAGUGUCAGCUCUUGGGAUCUCUAAUCAAAUCCAAGUCUCCCUCACUGGGCGGAGCUCUCAGGCAGAAAUUACCCCCCAUCCCCCAGGGUGGGGCACAAUCCCGGGUAUAAGGGGAGUUUCUUUCUUGCUUGUUGUUUAUGAAUAUUACGUUAUCUAUUAGGAACUCAGACACCGCCCCUGUUAGAAACAAUCACUUUAUUUCAUACUUUACAUAAAUUACACAUUUGUACAGAGA